AUGCAAGCUCUUCGCCCUCGCAACCUCACGAUGUUGCCUCAACGGAGAUUACUCACCCAUCACCACUGCAAUGAUGCUUCUGAGGUGCCGGAGAACAUUGCAGAUGAGGCGCCUCCAGAGCAGUCAGAGGACAUCAGAGGGCCACGGCAGGGCAGGGAUGUGCUGGCAGCGAUCCGGCAGCCUGCAGCUUUGGACCCGGGGCUCUACAUCGUGGCGACCCCGAUCGGGAACCUGGAAGAUGUCACGCUGCGUGCGCUGAGAGUGCUGCGAGAUGCAGACUGCAUUCUGGCGGAAGACACGCGGCACAGCCGCAAGCUGCUGUCCUACUUCAGCAUCUCCACCCAGCUCUACAGCUUCCACGAGCACAACGAGCACGUCAAGGAGGCCCAGGUACUAGAGCGGUUGGCGCAAGGGGCGUCAAUAGCGCUGAUCAGCGACGCAGGCAUGCCAGCUGUCAGUGACCCGGGGGCGAAACUCAUAGCCGCUGCAGUGCAUGCGCGCCACUCAGUCAUCCCUGUUCCAGGUCCAUCGGCAGUGCUGGCCUCGCUGGUGGCCUCUGGGCUGCCUACAGAAUCCUUCCAAUUCGUGGGCUUCCUUCCACCGAAGGCCUCACAGCGGCAGAAGAGGCUGUCGCAGCUUGCAGGCGUGGAAGCUACUCUAAUAUUCUAUGCGCCCCCGCACUCACUGGCGGCCAUCCUCGAUGACAUGGCUGCAACCCUGGGGGGCUCGCGCAGAUGCGUUGUAGCCAGGGAAAUGACGAAGUUGCAUGAGGAGUUUUCCAGGGGCUCGCUGGAGGGUGUGGCUAGCGAGAUGCGCUUGCGAGGCUGCAAGGGAGAGGUGACUGUUGUGGUGGAGGGAUCAUCGGGUAGUGAGGCACUGGCGCCGUCAGAUGCGCAGAUAGAGGCGCAGCUGCGGGAGCUGAUAUCUGAUGGCGUGCCUGCCUCCCACGCAGCCAAGCUGGCAGCCAAGCAGCUGGGUGUGCCGCGAAGUUCUUUGUACGAGACUGCUGUGCGUAUUAAGGGCGAGACGGGAUGA